AUGGGAUUUUCAUUUGGGUUUACUGAAGAUAUUGAGGAUAAAGGAGAAGGUGGAUUCAAUAUUGAGCAAAAAAAUGAUUUUGUCAACCCUAUAGACAAUGUAAAAGAUAAUGGACAUUGUGCAAAGUCACACACGAUGGAGGAGCUUCUCAAGAGCUCAUGUCUUGAUACCCGUUUUACAUUUGAACCGGUGGAAGCUGCCAGCGGGGUUGUAUUGUUGAGACGAGUGUUAUACGAUGUUAGACAUCAAUUGAUGAUGGAAGAUAGAAACGUCAAUAAAGCCCUGGACAGUGAAGAGUUCAAUAUUUUGAUAGGUGAGACCGGCGAAGACUUGAAAAACGGGGUGUAUGAGGGCGGACUGAAGAGCUGGGAAUGUUCGUUUGACAUCAUCAAGACCUUACACGGAUCAGGAGAGUUUGGACGUAUUCUGGAGGAAGGUAAGGAGAAUGUCAAUGUAAUUGAACUUGGAUGUGGUACCUCUUUACCCACGUUAUAUCUUUUACAUACUGUCUACAAGCAUAGAACGAAGAAGAAAUUGGGCAGGAGUUCCAAACCUGUGAAAAUUCUACUCAGUGACUACAAUUUCGAUGUUCUAAGGUUGGUCACAUUACCUAACAUCUUGAUCAACUGGGCAUUUGGAAUCCUGUCCGAUGAGGAGCUGUAUCAGUUACAGAGCAGAAAUGGGUUGGAGGGAAAUAUCAGGGAGGGCGAAUUAGAUGUCACACUCCCCAUGAUUGUUAGGUUCCAAGAAUGGCUGAUGGAGGAGAACAUUGAGAUCAGCUUCAUCUCUGGGUCUUGGAGUCGGCAAUUUAUGGAUCUUGCUGUCGAUCUCUUGCCGCACAUCGACAUCGAUUACAAUGUAGUUCUCACUAGUGAAACCAUCUACUCUCCACACAUUCUGCCUGUGAUCAGCGAGAUGAUGGUUGAGCUCACCCGUAGUAAGGGUAUCUCGCUUUUGGCGGCAAAGGACAUUUACUUUGGUGUUGGUGGCAGUGUUGUUGAGUGUGUUCGUUACCUCGAGCAGCGUGACGUCUCUGUGACUACAAUUCCGGCCGGCGGCUCGUUGCAGAGAAGUGUCCUCUCUCUGCGUCCAGCCUCUCUAUAG